GAUGCCACCUUGCCUUUAAUUUUAUGCCAUAAGUAACAACUAUAAUAAUUUAGAUAAUCUUUUGUAAUUGUUAAUUCGUACAAAUAUUCAGCAUUAACUUUAAAUAAAAUAAAUAUCAUUUGAGAGUUUAUGCUAAAUUUAUAAUAGAGAUUCAACUGAUCUUUUUCAAUUUCAGAUUUUAAUAAUUUUUAGUAAAUUUUGUUAAAUAGAUAAAACUAUUGCUUACUAAAUAUUCAAAUUAUGCCAUAUAUAAUAAAAAUUAGAUAAAAUCAAAUAAUUAAUUGAUAUCAUUCAUUAUCUUUAGGCUCUCCAAGUCUUUUGUAAGUAGAUGCCAUAAUGUUACAAAAAUAUGACACUUAAUUUUAUCAAGAAAUAAUUUAUAUUUAUAAAGAAACCAUCAACAAGAGCUUGUAAAAUAGCUAUUUAAAUUAUUAAUGAUUUAAUUAGUAUUCAAUAACUAGAAUUAGAUUAAUAACUUUUGAAUAUAUGGAAUGAAAUUAUAAUUAUUUGGGUAGAUGAUAAUUUAAAUGAAUUGGAAGGUAGUAUGAUUUAAAUAAUUUCAAAAUUUAUUAAAAAACCCAAUUUUCCUAAAGAGAAAAUAAAAAAUAAAGUAUUUUUAGAUAGACUUUUUCAUAAUUUAAAAGGAGAUUAGAUUUUUAAUGUAAUUGACUCUUUAUAAAUAUAUUAAAUUUUAAUUAAGUAAUUUUAAAUUUGUAUUGCUGAUGAUGAAUUCUUUUAAAAAUUGAUGUAACUAUGUAAAAACUCUUAAAAUCCAAUUAUUACAUCUAUUAUUUUGAAAAUAAUUAUUCAAAUGUUAAAAAGUAAAUAGUUAAGUAAAGAAUAUCUUUCAAAAUUACAAUAGUUUAAUAUAAUUAGAUUAUUACCUGAAUAUUUAAAUGAAGUUAUGAUUCUAAUUGAAAAAAUAAAUCAUACUUCUCAACUUUCAGGUUUCUUAAAAUAAAAAUAAAUAAAUGAACUUACAUUAGUUAAUUGUAUAAUGAAAAUAGUUGCGUUAAUUUUAAAAUAAAAUAUACUAAUAGUUAAGUUCAAAACAGAGAUUGCAUAAUUUGAAAGAAUAUUUUUAUCAGAAAAAUUUUAAACUUUUAUGAAUAAUAUUUCUGUUCUGAAAAUUUAAGAAAAAUUUACAUUAAUUAGAGGAUUGUUAUAAAGUAUUAUAUCUUAUGAAGAUUAUGAAGGUUCAGAUAAUAAAAAAAUUAAAAUAAACUGA